AUGGUGAACACUGGGAGUGGAACUAAUACUUUCGACAAGAGAAUGAUAAGAUUGAAGCAAAAAGCUAAUCAAAGAUGGUAUGUCAAUUUGGAUGUUUCGUCGGCUAGAGCAGACAUUCUCGAUGCUUCUGUUGAAGAAUCCUCCUUCAACGAUCUUGCUUGGACUCAUCUGGGUUUGAUAUCCCAUCCUAGACCUGAAUCUGUUGUUGAUUCUAUUAUUGCUCCUGAUGCGACUAACCCUACUGAUGUUGUUGAUACCGAUCUUGCUGAUGAUGUUGCUCAUGAUAAUAGUCCCACAAUGUCUUCUCUGGUUUCUUCUGCUCUCUGCACAAGUGAUCAAGUUGUGGUUUCUUCCACUUCUGUUAAUUCUAAUGGUGGGCAUUCUAUUUCUGGCUCAAGUUCUACCGAAGGGAUUGUAACUCCCCCUAAGAAGAAGAGCCCUGACUUUGAUUUUGACCCUUCUAUGCAAAUUUAUGUCUUUAGCAAUGAAGAAGACAUUGCUUUUAUUAAGAACAAGACUCGCAAAAGAGUUGGUCGUCAUAAAAUUACUCCCAAUGUUCCUUCUAUGCAUAUUGAUGGGAUAUCCUUUCAUAGCGAGGACAAUGUUCUGCGGUGGAAGUAUGUGAUGCAGCAACGUAUUGCUAAUGAAAAUGUUUUGUCUAACCAGACCAAGUCCUGUUUGAAAAUUAUGGAUUUGCUUCAACGUGUUGAGCUUCUCAAAACUAUUGUGGACCUCGAUGCCUUUUAUUCUCAGUUAAUGAGGGAGUUCAUCAUCAUUCUACCUUCUAAGUUCAACGAUCCUAGGUAUGUUGAUUUCCCUCCUUUUGAUGAGCCUCAUCCCUUCACUGAGGAUCUUGUUGUUGAGCUUACAGGUGGCACUCGAUCUGAAUGGCCUUCAUUUGUAUCUUCUUCUCCGACCAGUCUUCUGUAUCAAAUUGGUACUUUGUCUACUUUUGAUUUUGAGUCCCCUGCCAUUCUUGGUCCCAAUGAUGCUUUGAGCCCUGCUCCUAAGUUUCUUAAUCUCAGUUACAAAAUUUUUCAGGGUACUCGUGUCCCUGACAUUGUGCAUAACAUUCAUCCCCCCAAAAGUUCUGACAUUCCUCUCCCUGAGGAUUUGCAGGUUCCGAAAGGUGGGCUAUUGAUUCCUACUGAGCUUAGAACUCGCAUAUUUCAUUCUAGCUUUUGA